AGGUGCAGGGCGAGAUCCACCUGCGGCUGGAAGUGCGGCCAGGGGCCCGGGCCUGCCGGCUACGCUGCUCUGUGCUGGAGGCCAGAUCGUGAAGAAGUCAUGCUACCCACGCUGGAAUGAGACGUUUGAAUUUGAGCUGCAGGAGGGGGCCAUGGAGGCGCUGUGCGUGGAGGCCUGGGACUGGGACCUUGUCAGCCGAAACGACUUCCUGGGCAAAGUGGUGAUCGAUGUCCAGAGACUGCGGGUGGCGCAGCAGGAGGAGGGCUGGUUCCGGCUGCAGCCCGACCAGUCCAAGAGCCGGCGGCAUGACGACUCUACAGGCUGGAUGUCCAAGAUCAAGUUUCCAGCAGAUUCAAUGUCUGGUGAGCUGUUUGCUGAUUUAUAUAUAGCACCUGCUUGCUGUGUUCUCACAUGGUAGAAUGAGCCAAUUAGCUCCCUUCACACUUAUUACAUUCAUGAGGUCUCUGCCUCCAUGACCCAAUCACCUCCCAAAAGGACCCACCUCCUAAUACCAUCACUUAGGGCUUAAGAUUUUAACACGUGAAUUUUGGGGGGACACAAACAUUCAGACCAUGGCAAUAAACUAGUUUAUAGUGACAAAAAGCAGAACAAAUAUAUGGGCACAUGAGGGAUAGAUUAGAAAUGGGUCCAAAGAAACUUUCAGAGAAAUUGAAAUAUUUGUUAUCCUGACAGUGGUUAUCAUGUCCCAGGUGUGCAUGCAUAUGCCAAAAGUGAUCACAUUGUAUACUUUAAAUAUGUGAAGUUUAGUGGACUUCAGUUAUACUUCCAUGAAGUCAAAAACGGCAAAAAAAAGAAAAAGCUUUUCAGUUAAAAUUAGAUACACUUUAGGGUAGGUAUUUAUAAUUGAAAAAGACAUGUCUAUUGUAAGUGGCCAAAAGCUUAUGUAUUUUAUGUCAUUUUACCUAUAACUGAUAUCUGAUAGCCACUAAUAAAGUUUGCCACUUGUUGAAUAAUUGUAUGCUUAUUCAGAUUUUUUAAGGGAUCAGGGAAAUAACUUUUACCAUUUUUAGGAAAUUUUAAUUAGUUUAUCUAAAUUUAAACCUAUUUAAAUAACAGAUUUUCUAGUAAGAAAUUAUUAGAUUUGUAGUGAUAAAGGAAUGACACAAAUUUGUCUAUUCCUGUGGAUUGUAAUUUUAUCUAUUUUUGAAACAAUUUUUCAAAAUUGUCAUUGAAUAUACUAAAAAUCACUGAAUUAUAUACUUUAAGUGAAAAGCAAAACUUAUUUGUCAAUACAUGUUUACCUAAAUGAGAAAAUUGGGAAAGUAUUUUGGAAAGGGAGACUGGGUCAAAUUUUAAGGACCUCGAAUAUCAAUCACACUUUGGUUUAACAUGCAAUUCAUGUUUUAUCGUGGAAGGUUUGGAACAGGGCAAUAGCUUAUCAAGCUAUGCCUUGAGAAGUUUGUUCUAGGCAGUGGCAUAUGAAGUGGUUUGAACUUAGGAGAGAAGGAAAUCCUGUUACAAUUUAAUUGAAAUAAAUUGAAUGGAAAAUUACAGAGGCUUAAACUAAUUAAAACUAGCAGUACUAAUAACUUAUUUUUAAAGUGAGUGGGUGGAUAAUAACAGAGUUUAAGACUUUGCCACUUGUUGGUGGUAGGGAGUAAUGAGAAGUGAGAAAUCAAAAAGAACUCUAACAUUUGUUUCAGUGUCAGGAUGAAUAGAGUUUCCAAUAAAGGAGAGAAUGCAGUAAUUCAGUAUCCAAUAAUGGUUGAAGGGGUUGUCUUGAGCACCCUUUUUUGUUUGAUUUGGAGGUACAUGUGCAGUUUUGUUACAUGGGUAUACUGGCUUGGGGUAUGGAUGGUCUCAUCACCCAGGGAGUGAGCAUAGUACCCAGUAGGUAGUUCUUCAGCCCUUUCUCUACCCCUCUCUCCCCACUCUAGUAGUCCCAGUGUCUAUUGUUCCCAUCUUUAUGUCCAUGUGUAUUCAAUGUUUAGCUCUCAUUUAUAAGUGAGAACAUAAGGUAUUCAGGCUUCUGUUCCUGCAAUAAUUUGCUUAGGAUAAUAAUAGCCUUUAGCUGCAUCCAUGUUACUGCAAAGCACAUGAUUUUGUAGUUUUUCCUGGCUGCAUAGUAUUCCAUGGCAUACAUGUACCACAUUUUUUAAAGCCAGAGUGUUCUCCUCGCUCCAAUCUUGAGGAUUCUAAUGUUCAAGUUUAGGCAGGUCAUUUAGUUAGAUAGUACAACUGACCAUAGGGAAAACAAAUCCAAAUCUUCCUGUAGAGACCCUAGGUAACAGUUUUCAUUUUAUAGCUGCCUAGUGUUUGAACUCCCUUGUCUAUAGUUAGAGAGUAGAACAUUGCUUUUGUUUUAUAUAAAAGAUCAGGUACGUGUUCCCCCAGACUCCUUGACCGUAGACCUCAGAGACUUGUCUUAAACUUGGACAAUCAGAUGUUCCCUCUCAGGGCAUGAGUCUGAGGUGGCUGACACAGAGAAGAGAGAAGAGAAAAGGCCUCAUGUCACCACCAACACUCAAUAUCUUUGCCCACUGGUGGCAGAGGCAGCAUGUAUUCAGGUGUAACAGGACCGUUGGCAGCAUGGAAAUCUGACUGGUCUUGUGGCCAGAGCUAGAUAUGCCUUAUUAUGAAUGACCUUCCUUGGUCCCUGAUUGACUUUAAUAAAAACAGCUUCAUUGAGACAUAAUUCACACAACACAAAAUUCACGCAUUUAAAAUUUAUAAUUUAGUAGCUUUUAGUAUAUUAACAGAGUUUGCAACCAUCACUAUGAUCUAAUUUUAGAACACUUUCAUCAUCCAGAAGAAACCCUGUGCCCAUUAACAGUCAACCUUCACCUCCCUCCGAACAAAUAUUAAUAAUAUUCUCCCUUCCAUCUCUAUGGAUAUUUCCACUUUGGACAUUCAUUAAAAGAAAUCUUACAAUGUGCAA